GCAAGCAAUAAAUCUAUUGUAUCCUGCAUGCCAAACUGAAGUCUUAAUAAAAGAAUUUGUUCUUGGUAAACAUGACAGAAUUAGGGCUAUAUUGAAAAUGGAAUCAGGAUUAGUGGUAUUGAAAUGUGAGGAAUUUAAUUAUUUUCCAUUCUCCCCAAGGAACAUGUUCUCAGAUAUUAGAAACAGCAUUAGGGGACUAAGGAAGGACUUAAGUGCUGCAAGUUUGAAUUCAAAUUAGAGUUGUAUUCUCUCCCAUGGGACAACUAAGCCAAGAAAGGUUUUUGAUUUUUGAGUAUCCUACCUCAAAACACUGCUGACAAGCAAUUCACAUGGUACCGUUGUCAAAAAUGUAAGUUAUUUUCAUUUAAUGACUCCUAUAUGUCAACUUUAUUGCUUGCUCUGUUAUGCUGAAAGGCUUCAUGUGCAGGCGCGAGGCAGCUCCCUACAUUCAUUUAGUUGGUGAUGAUGACAGGAAUUACCCUGACAGUGGAGACAUUUUUUCACUAUUCUCAAAGUCAUCUGGAGUAACAGAGUUUGUUUUACCAACAGGAAAUAUCAGCCAAGACUUGAGGCAUUUGCUUUCAGAUGCUUACAUCUGUACAUGCAUUGUAGCUUCAAUUUCUGCUUCCUUUCUGUCCCUUUUGCACUGCUUUCCUUUAAGUUGUAGUAAGAUCUUCACUUUCUCUUUGGGUAGCUACCAGGCAUGAACAGCACUUCUCAGCUUUUCUUAUCUGACAUCCUGUUUGCCUGGGAAUGGAGGCAGAAAGGAGAUUGGGCUAACAUUACAGUAGAAGGGAUCAUCAGAACGGGGGUCAUCUUGUUCUCAGUAUCUGCACUUUGUGUGAGGGAGCCACCAGAGAUGUCUGUAAUACCAUGGGGAAGCUGCAUGGAAGGCUAGAUUCUUGUAUGUGCUUAAUACAGCAUACGUGGAACCUAAAGUGACAGUUCUUUCAGAUGUGAAUCUAACCCAUGGAUGCUUCAGUUCUGACUUCAAAGAACUGUUUGUCCAGACCAGUUCCUGCUUUCUAAUUUUCUUCCUUUCUGUGACCCAAAUUUUUAUUGGGCUCUAGCACUUCAGUAAAGUUUUAGAUAAGCUUCAUUAUAUUUUUGGAUUGUACUUCCAGAGGAAGUUCAGCAAUUACUUUAAAAAGCAUAGUUUGAAGUUUCAAUAUCAAUACUCACUUUGAUGAGACUUUUGGAUCUGUAUUUCAUCCCUAGAGUGGUCUACACAAUGAAGGAAGAAAAAGGAUAAAUGAUAAUACUCUUUAAGAACUCUAGUACUUCCCCAAACACUGUUUUUAUUUUCCCCGCUACGGGUAAGCAGUUUAUGCAUUGCCUCUUAAGUCCGUCUUAAGAGGCAGUUACAGAACAAGAAACUUUAAUUAUAGUUCAGAAUUACUCUGUUCAACUUCUUGUCCUUAUUGCAUUGUUUCUAGUGAGCUAUGUACAAUGCUGCAUUGAAAUAUUUGUGACUCCUCAGAAAAAAAUGCGUACUUUUCCAAGAGCUGCAUACACUUAGGACACCAUCUUCCUCUCUGUCAUCUGUCAACGCUGUGUUCAUGUCCAAAAAAAGAGAAAAAAAGUGGUGUUUCCAGCCAGCCAGAAACCCAAGUAACCAGAGUCUCCUGUCUCAUCCUGCCUUUUUGACCACAAAAUGUGGCUUUUUUGGAGAACGUGACCUCUGACACAGUGAGGAGAAAUGCUUUGCUGGUUAACAAAUGUCUCUGCUGAGAUGCCACUCCACAGCUUUUCAGUGUGGACAGGAUGGGAGUGGUUUGGGUGUUUUUUGGAAGAUUUUGUGCCCAGAAGAAACAGUCUCAGUCUUGGCUUUUUGGUGUUGGAAAAGGGAAUUUUAAAGUGUCCAGGCUGUCCUUCCUUCCUGCUCUCUUUCCCAGUGGAAAGGCAGAGGAAGCCCAGGCCUGCUGCCUGUGUUUGUGUGCAACAUCAACGUCCACUGUUUUGCAUCAUGCUAAAAAUGUUUUCCUCCCCUUCCCUUUGCUUGCAGCGUUUCCUGCCAACCAUCUCUUCUGUCUCCUCUUCACUGUUAUCAGCCCUGGCACAUACUGCUUUUCUUCUUUGGUUGAUUCAGAUAUGCCUCUACUCUCUUAGCUUUUCUCUCCCCCCAUUCCCCAGUUAGAUGGAAAGUGCUGAGGCUAUGAAAAUCUCCUCUCUGUGAGCAGAAAAGAUACUAAAUUAAAGAGCUUGUGAUCAGACUCACUUAUCAAUUAUGCCAGAGGUAACUUUUAAAGAUAUUUGUGUUGUAUGAACAUAACAGCCUUGUGGUGAGCUAAUGAAAACAGUGGAGAGGAAGUAUUGUUUUACAGCUAGUAAGUCGGUCAAAGUCUUUGGUCUAGCACUGAGGCAGUAGCGAUGUGAGUUUAUAGUGAUUAAUAAAACAUAAUCUGGCUGCUGUUCACUUAGCUCAAUUGUCCAAAGUGGAACAUUUCACUGACACUUUGCCCCUCCCCAAGAGACAAGAAAAGUAUGUUGGCUUUUCUGUUACAAAAAAUAUCUUAGGCAGGAAUAACAUGCUUGAAAGUACUUGGUAGCGCUGAUUACCUGUACUCCAGCACAAGAGCUCCAGCCCAAUCCUUUUCAAACACUUCUCUCAGAACAUGGGGGAAAAUGAUGAUGAAAAAUACAGUCAAGCUGGCCAGAUAUUUGAAAACUUUGUACAAGCAUCAACAUGCAAAGGUACCAUUCAGGCCUUUAAUAUCCUCACUCGCCAACUUGAAUUAGAUCCUUUGGACAAUAGAAACUUUUACACCAAACUGAAGUCAAGAGUGACCACGUGGAAGGCCAAAGCUUUGUGGAACAAGCUUGAUAAAAGAGCAAGUCACAAAGAAUAUAAACGUGGAAAAUCUUGUAUGAACACUAAGUGUUUAAUUAUUGGAGGUGGCCCAUGUGGCUUGCGGACUGCCAUAGAACUUGCCUUUCUGGGAGCCAAAGUUGUCGUUGUGGAGAAGCGGGACACCUUUUCAAGAAAUAAUGUGUUGCAUCUCUGGCCAUUUACAAUCCAUGACCUCCGAGGACUGGGAGCAAAGAAAUUCUAUGGAAAAUUCUGUGCAGGAUCAAUUGAUCACAUCAGUAUUCGACAGCUUCAACUUAUCCUCUUCAAAGUUGCACUUAUACUAGGAGUUGAAAUCCAUGUGAAUCUAGAAUUUGUGAAAGUCCUGGAACCUCCUGAAGAUCAAGAAAACCAAAAGAUAGGUUGGAGGGCUGAAUUUCUCCCCAUGGAUCACCCUUUGUCAGAGUAUGAAUUUGAUGUUAUUAUUGGUGCAGAUGGCCGCAGGAACACAUUAGAAGGUUUCAGGAGGAAGGAGUUCCGUGGAAAGCUGGCCAUAGCUAUCACUGCCAAUUUUAUAAACAGAAAUACAACUGCAGAAGCCAAGGUAGAAGAAAUUAGUGGUGUUGCUUUCAUCUUCAAUCAGAAGUUCUUCCAGGAUCUUAAAGAGGAAACGGGAAUUGACCUGGAGAAUAUUGUUUACUAUAAAGAUAGUACUCAUUAUUUUGUGAUGACAGCAAAAAAGCAGAGUCUUCUGGACAAAGGAGUAAUUAUUAAUGACUAUAUUGAUACUGAGUUGCUCCUCUGUGGCGAAAAUGUGAACCAGAGCAAUUUGCUGUCCUAUGCUAGAGAAGCUGCUGACUUUGCAACCAACUACCAGCUGCCUUCCUUGGAUUUUGCAAUUAAUCACUAUGGGCAACCAGAUGUGGCAAUGUUUGAUUUUACUUCUAUGUAUGCAUCUGAAAAUGCUGCGCUAGUGAGACAGAGACACAGACAUCAGCUCCUGGUGGCUCUUGUUGGAGAUAGUUUGCUUGAGCCCUUCUGGCCAAUGGGUACUGGCUGUGCAAGAGGCUUCUUAGCUGCUUUUGAUACUGCAUGGAUGGUGAGGAGCUGGGCUCAAGGAAAACCCCCAUUAGAAAUUCUUGCUGAACGAGAGAGCAUUUAUCGACUCUUGCCUCAGACUACCCCUGAAAAUAUUAACAAGAACUUUGACCAGUAUACCAUUGACCCUGGAACAAGAUACCCAAAUUUGAACUCAAGCUGUGUUCGACCUCAUCAGGUGAGACAAUUAUAUGUUACCACUGAGUUACAACAAUGUCCUCUUGAAAGAGUGAGCUCCAUUAGAAGAUCAGUGAAUCUUGCAAGACACGAGUCAGAUAUUCGACCUAACAAGCUUUUGACCUGGUGUCAGAAGCAGACAGAAGGGUACCGUAAUGUUAACGUCACAGACCUGACUACCUCCUGGAAAAGUGGCCUUGCACUGUGUGCUAUUAUCCAUCGCUUCAGACCUGACCUCAUUGACUUUGAUGCUCUGAAUGAAGAGGAUGUUGUCAAAAACAACCAGCUGGCAUUCGAUGUUGCUGAGCAGGAGUUUGGGAUCCCCCCUGUGACCACGGGGAAGGAGGUGGGGUCGGCUGGGGAGCCCGACAAGCUCAGCAUGGUCAUGUACCUCUCCAAGUUCUAUGAACUGUUCAGGGGCACACCGCUGCGGGCAGUAGAUGCUGGUGAGAAGCAAAAUGGAGAACAUAAUGAUCUUUGUUCAGCAAAAUCAUCCAAUUUCAUCUUUAAUAAUUACAUCAAUUUAACUUUUCCAAGAAAACGAGUACCAAAGGUUGAAGGGAAAACGGAAGAAAAUGAGUCUAAUAAAAGACGUCGAAAAGGUCUUUUUGGUGUCUUCGAGGAGACUUCAGGCUUUUCAAGCCAAGGGAUAAAUGGAAAAGAACAGAGUGAUGGCAGAGAAGGAACAAACCAGAAUAAAGUUAAAUCAAUGGCAACUCAACUGUUGGCAAAGUUUGAAGAGAAUGCUCCAAAUACAAUUUUUCGGAGGCAGGAGCUAAUAGAUAGACGAGGCCUGCUUUCUUCUGACCCUCCUGUUAAUCCUCGCUUUGCUAAGCCUAAGGAUGCAAGUCUUCUUCCUCCUCAACCAAAAAGGCAGUUUCAGGUGCUAGCUAGGAGUGAACACGAGGUCAGGGAACCCAAACAGUCUUUAGAUGGUUCUGAUCAUAUGGCCAGGAGAGCAAAGACUGUACAAAAAACAGAUACCCAACCCAGUCUGUCAGAAACCUCUGAAAAUCUCGCAUCUGCCUGUUCUGCUGCAUUUGUACUUUCUGGAGUGCUUGAGCGUCUUCAGCACCUGGAGGAAAAAAUGAAACAGAAAAGAGCUCAGAACAUAGCAAACAGGGAAUUCCAUAAAAAGAACAUUAAAGAGAAAGCAGCACAUCUUGCCUCAAUGUUUGGAUACAUGGAGCUUCCAAAGAAUAAACUAUCUACUAAAGGCUUAUCCUAUUCUCAGCCCCCAACUCCUUCUUGCCCUCCACCUCAUGACUCGGCUGCUGCCUCUUCUCCAUCAUCUGUCGAUUCAGCUUUCCCUGCUGCUCCUUCUAGACAGAUGACUGUAGGAAAGGUAUCAUGUGCAAUUGGAGCUGUGGCUGAAGUUCUUGUCAAUCUGUAUGUGAAUGAUCACAGACCCAAGCCACAGCUUAACCCCCUUGAACUGGCAUCUCUGCGAAAAGAAUUCCCUCAGUCUGUCGGGGGGAGUGACAUUUGUUACUUCUGCAAAAAACGGGUAUACGUUAUGGAGCGGCUGAGUGCAGAAGGCCACUUCUUUCAUAGGGAGUGCUUCAAGUGUGAAGUAUGUUCUACAACACUCCGCUUAGGAAUUUACGCCUUUGAUGUUGAGGAAGGUAAAUUUUACUGCAAACCUCAUUUUACACACUGCAAAAUCAGUACUAAGCAGAGAAAGAGAAGAGCAACCUUACAGAUCCAAGGAAAGGAGACAGCAGAAGCAUGGAAGAAAGAGGAACCCAAACCCACAGAGACCACCACAGAAAGCACUUUGUCUACUGCUAGCAGUCCAGAGGACAGGUCCCCAGGUAUCCUGACUUCCUUCUUUAGGGGCGCACUAAGCUGGCCCCUUCGGGUGACAAGGGAUCUGCUUGACAUUCCCAGACGCCUGUCUAACUGGAUGCAUGGUUUUCUGCACGCUACCAAUCUUCAUUUCAGGGACAAUGCAUAUAACUAUACCUACUUGUAUGAACUCUUGAGCCUUGGUGUGCCAUUCCUCUGUGCUCUUCUAGAGGUACUUACUCAUAUGUACCGGGAAGCAGAGCUAUCACUUGAAAAUGUGCUUGAAUGGGUGAAAAAAAUUCUGUAUCACUGCCUGCCCACAGCUGAUGAGCCCACUUCCCCAAAGAAGGCAAAGAGCAUCUCUGAGUGCCGUGACUUGGAGAGCUGGUUCUCACCUCCUUCCCCUGAGUGGGCCACCGUGAGGGUCAUCCCCGAGGAGGAGAUGACGGAGCACAACCUUCUCGCUAUCCGAGUCAUGGUCACCAGUGACACAAGCAGGUACUUUAAAAUACAAGCCAAUUACAGUAUUGCAAAUGCUGUUUACCUCUCUUCAUCCUGGUGUACAGCCUUGCAGGCAGAAGGACCUAUCCCUGCUAACCAAGAAGUGGUAUUUCACCAAAGUUUGUCUUGGCAGCAGUUUGAUUUCAGCUCCGAGCUGGAGGAGUCUGAUUUUAACGGCGACUCAUCAAAUUCGGAAGUGAACGGAGGACAGACCUUGCUGCUGGAGCUCCCCACCUGCCCGAGCCCCGUCCAGAGGUGGGCAUCGCUCACCAGGAGCUCUGUGGCACUGGAGGAAAGCCCCAAAACAUCCAAAGUUGCUGAUGCACUGCAGAGAGCCAACAGUUUUCACUCAACCGCGUUAAAUAAGUAUCAGAAUUGGAGGAGAAAACUCCAAACGAGCUUCCCUCUACUGUGCAGCAAGAAACCUGGGCCACAUGGGAAGGACAGCUCAGCCAGCUGUCAAAAUGGUCCUGGAGAGAAUCCCUCCCAAACACAGUUGGCUCAUAAGAAACCACCGGAAAUCACAAGAGGACAUUUCAAACCCUACAGCCCAGUAUUUCAAAGAAAAGAAAAAGCCAGAGAGAUGCAUGAAAACAUCCAUGUCUAUGUGCCCCAUUGUUCUCCUUUUCAGAGCAGUACCAGAGGUUCUCCAUGGACCCCUCCUGGGAAAGGGACACUGGCUGAUUUUUCUGAGGCUGAAGAUACAGAUAGUGACAAUGGGACAUACAAAGCCCAGGGCUGGAAGGAAAAAACCCAGAAAUAUACUUCUGAACCAGAAGAUAUUAUUAGGAAGACAAAAGUGCUGUCAUCUCUGGAUUUGCAGGAGAAAGAUGGCAAAAAUACAAGGCACCCAGAAGAAAAGCUUGAGCAAGAACUAAAGGAGGCAAAAAAGAGGCCGGUGCUAUGUGCUCAACAGCUGCCCUUGUCAUAUGAUUCUAACAGGACAGACUUAGGCAGAACUAGCUCAGGGUGUCAAAACAAAGGAGUGCUGUGGACUUCACAGGAGAACGAUGCUAACUGGGCAAAAGUUGUGUUCAAACAGUCUGGUUGUCCUGUGCCUCUCUUAUUUGCCAAUGAUGCUCCACCAGCUUUGCCAGUUAACACAAAAGAUGCUCUGAGGAGUCCAGAUGUAGUUGCCAGGGAGCUUGCAGCUGGCCCACCAAAGUCACCGCUGAAGCUCAUAGCCAAUGCUAUCAAAAGGUCUGUUUUUGAGCCUCUGACCUCAUCUUCAGAGGGACCAAAGCAAGACUCAAACAGCAAAGUCAGAGCCUCCUCAGAAAAAGGUUUCUUCAGCUUCCCCAGUACUCCUGGCUAUUCCCUAAGCCAAAGGAACAGUAACAAUAGCUGGGGAAAUAACACUCAGCCACCAGAGCUUAAAGCAGGGGAGUGGGCAGGAGAAUAUUUAGGAAAUGGGAGCAAUUUCUCAAAUUCAUGUAAUUUUUCUGUUGUCUCUGAAGAGAGAUCUCCAGGGGGUUACAGCAAGGAGGUAUCCUUCCCAGUUUACAGUUCUCACACCAGGUCUUCCCAGACAGCCAGUAUACCUCAGAAAUCAACUUGCACUAGGAUGGAGGAUGUUCCAGGACUCCUAGAAAAGUUUACCUUCAAAGAUACUCUUCCAGGGGCUCCCAUGGAUGACAUGUUUAUCUGUAAUGAAAAGUACCUCCUUCUUUCAUCUCCAGAGCCCAAGAACACCCCCAAGGACAAUCUGAAUGACUCUGCACAGAAGAGUAGUCUUGGGUCCCUCUUUGAUAGACUGAGAAGUAAAGUUCAUGACAGAGAAGGGAAUUCCUUUGUGUCAUUUCUGCCUUUUGUGAGGGACCAUUCUCCAGAAACCAGGCUCUGUUACCCUUCCACAGGAUGUGAACACCUAACUGUUAGAAAACAAGUUACUGAGUAUUCCACUUCUUCCUCUGAUGAUGAAUUUGAAUGCAAGCCUUCAUUAACACACAAGGCAAAAUGGUCUAUCAGAAGGAGAAGGAAGCUGGAGAGGGAGACAAAGCAAUUGAUUAAACAAGAGGAACUGAAGAGGCUUCACAAAGCACAGGCAGUCCAGCGACAGUUAGAAGAGUUGGAGGAAAGACAAAGAGCUCUGGAGAUUUUUGGUGUCAAACUGGAGAGAGAACUAAGAGGAGAAUCAGAUUCAGGCACAAAGGAUGAAACUCAGAUGCUACAUGAAUGGUUUGAGCUGGUCCUGGAGAAGAAUAAAUUAAUGCGUUAUGAGUCUGAGCUCCUGAUUAUAGCCCAAGAGCUAGAAUUGGAAGACCACCAAAGCAGGUUGGAACAAAAACUGAGAGAGAAGAUGGCCAUUGAUGACAGCCUUAAAGACGAAAUGGAUCUGAAUGAGGAGGUUGAAAUUUUUACUGAGAUGAUGAAAGUGGUUGAAGAAAGGGACAAACUUGUGUCUACCUUAGAGGAGCAGAGAGUGAAAGAAAAAGCAGAAGACCAGCACUUUGAAAGCAUUAUAUUAUCUAGAGGCUAUCAGCAGAGCAGGAUUUAAACAGCCACAUGCAAAUAAACAUGAUUUCAGCAAUAUUCAUAAUCAUGGAGAUACAGUAUUAUGAAAAAUGGAGAAAUUCAAAUUGAAAAUCAGUUUAUUUGGGAAACAUGUUGCUUUCUUAUCAAAAGUGCUUAAGCAGUUCUUUUGCACAUACCAGAGUGAGUCAUUUCACUAUCAGCUUAAAGGAUCACUGGAAUACAGAAUAGGACUGAAUUUACCUCUCUGAUGGGCAUCAGAGUCUGUGAAAGGGAAAUCAGAGCUCUGUUGUUUUCUUGGAAUUUUAUUUUAAUGCUGAGAAUAGAGUUUCUGAGAAACAUGGUGACAUAAUUUCGUAUUUUUGAGACAACAUUACUUUCCAUGUGUUUAUCUGAAUCUGUAUGUGGUUUUGUUAAUAUUUUGGCACAGCCAAGCCAUGGUGAACUAUUGAAAGGUCAGAAAGCAAGCAUCAUAUAAAAACAAGGUUAGUUUGUAUUUCUGGUGGAGGAAGUGUCAUUUGAUUAAUAACUACAUAUAAGCACUCAUUAAAACUACUGUAAAUGCAGUAUCAGAAAUUAAUUUUCCAGGUAUUUGCAAGUUUUAGUGCACUGUGUAUUUUUGAACAAGUUAAAGCAAUAUUAAAUCCCUACAUUUUGUAGAAUGGUAAGGGAUUAUCAAAGGGGUUACUACCCUUAAAACUGUUAAAUGCUCAAAAAAGCUUUUGUAUGUCACAGAUUAAGGUCUUUAAAAUAUGCUAAAUGAUAGUUUAAAACUAAUAAUCCAAACCCAAUUAGUAUUUGUAGGGUAGGCUUUACAAUGGCUUGAUAAAAUACAUUGCACGUAGUAUCAUAGGGUGUGAUGAGUUAAAAAUCUCCCUGAGAAUAAUUCCUCAAAAGGAUUGCAAAAACAAGUGUUGAUUUUUUUUAAUGUCAACAUCUGACAGAAAAUAUUGUGGGUAUAUUUACACUACAUUUAUCUUGCUGCUUAAGAACACACGCAUAUUUUUUGCUUAAAGGAAAUAUCUCCUGUCUUCUCUGUAUAUGUAUUUGUAGAUAUUGGCAAAGCGUAUGUGCAGGUUCUCUUUAGUAUUCUGUGUAAUUCAAGUACUUUAUUAAAUCUGAGAUAAUUCUGCAAUUUAAGAUUGGUAGUAGGUCCAACUGUAUGUAUGAUGCACUAGAUUUUCAAAGUGGAAAAAACAAGGAGAAACUUAGACUUUCUUUUUGAAUAUCACUUUACCUCAUGCACAGAGAAGAUCUGAUAUUCUCAUUCUUUCAUGAAUGGUACUUAUUCGCAGCAGUUGCCCAGGGUACAGGCAAAGCUAGAAGCAUUCCUGUUACAAAAGCUUUAAGCUAAAAAACCUCUUGGUAAGUAUUUGUAGAGUAACAGACACACUGGAUCCUGUCACAACAAUUUAUGAAUUAUCUUAAGUUUUUGCUGUAUUGUAAGAAAUUUACCCUUUCUAAAGAUACAAGCAAGAUUUUACUAUUGACCACAGAAAAAUAAUAUACCUCUAUUAGUGCAAGGAAUAUAUGACUGUUCCUCAAUAUUUAUGUAUUUAUAUUUAUUUAUUAGACUGUUUAAAGAGGAUAAGAGUGUCUGGUUACAUUUUACAGUUUGGAUGUUGUCUCUGGUUUUGAUACAUAGAUGUGUAUUUCUAACAGCUAUGUAUAGGUAAUGGUGUGCAUUGUAGAGUAGAUAGCUUUAUCGAUUUGGUAAAUAAUUAGUAAAAAAAUAUGAAUUAAGAUUUUAAAAAUAUGCUCUCAGUUACCAUAACUUGAAGGGAUACCCUUAAAGCAUACCAUGUAGGGCUUUAAUAGUAAAAUUUGUCUUUCAGCACAGUGGGAAGACAAAGCAGAAUCCUUAAAUGUGUUCCAAAAUUACCAUCAGACUUUUUUUUUUCCUCUGUCAUUCAUAAGCUAAGCAUACCUGAUCUUCAGGUUACGUUUUUAUUGAGAUGGAUUGCAGCAAUUGAUUUUUAAAUUAACUCUAUUACUUAAGAUUGACACAAAGUAGGAGCAGGCAGAGCAGUAAUAAGUAUUUUAAUUUUCUCUGUUGAGGUCUGCUUGUAUUUCCAGUUUUGUGGAGAAAAUUUAUGGAUUUUAUCACUGUUCCCAGAAGCCUCAUGUCAUCAUGUAGAACAAGACUGUCUGGAACAUUGUCAGUUCACUGUAGAAGAUGGAGAGCCAUAAUGCUUUCAAGGUAUUUAGUAAAAGAAAAAAAGCAAGCAAACUUCUUGAUGCUUUGCAUGGAAGGGGAAUUCAGCAGAAACCUCCAGCUAUAUUAGUCAAAGAUUGGUUUUCUUCACCUUGCUUUUACAAACUAAAAAUUCCAUUCACCUUAGUGCUGCUGCCAUGAAAAGAGGAAGAGGAAGGGAAUAAUUAGAGAAACAUGAUUGCUCUCCUCUACCAAAGUCCAGCCUGCUCACUCCAGGGAGGUACACAUGCUGCAAUCAGUAAGGUUCAGGUUGCUUUGCAUUGUAUUUAAGCCCUGAGAUUUCAGUUUACAGCAGAUACUUGUUUGGCUAUAAGACCAAAUACAAAAAAAUGCUUUCCUUUUAGCUCCAAAGAUUUGAGUUCUUGGGAGUAUUAGAGUCAACAGAAGCUGAGGGCCAUCAGCAUUUUGUGGACCUCAAGUAUAUUCUUUGCUAAAAAGAUUAUUUUCUGGAUGCCAUGGAGUCAUAACACGUGUCACCCAAAACUCUGUGUCCACUCUUUGGUGGAAUAAACCUGUCAGGCAACUGUUACCUGCCUGAUAGGAAGUACUUCACAAGAUUAGAUCCAGAAAUAAACCAUUCAAGUGAUUUAAAAAAAACAAUAAGCUCUUAAGUCCUUUAAAGCAGGUCUUCAUAUGCUAUAAGAGUAGAGAAGCAGGUUAAAAAAGAGAAGCUAUGUGCACUGUUCACAGGUCAAUUUAAUAUGGUUGGCUUGUAUUAGAAAUGUAUUUAAACAUUGGUUUGGUUAUGAGUCUUCUUGCUGCUCAAUCUUUUCUGUAAAUUGACUUGUUACCCUGUAAUAGAUUUGUUCAUUUUUAAGUCCUUAGAGCUGUCAUUUUUUGGUAUAAUGUGAUGUGCUGGAAUGUAUUGAGUAUGUGUAAAUGGACUAGAUGUGAACAAUUUUCUAUUUGAAAAAAAUAAAAUUAUCUCACUCUCUGAA